UACAAUAUACAGGGACUAUCCAAUUAUUAAUCUAUCUAUGUUCGAACCCAAGAUCUGUAGUGCUUGGUUGUGCUGAUAUCAAACUUCAAUGGAUUCAUUUAGGUUAGGCUUCAUCUGGUGGGGGUCAACUUUUCACACCCCUUUCUUUCUCUCUCUUUUUGUCUAUAUCUCCAAGUUCCUGCAAAUCUGGUAGCAACAACUCGGUGCAUGAGAGCAAGAACUACACAGAUCACCUCAAGAAUGUUGAGAGACGGUUUCGACCAUUGGCUAUUUCAGCAUUUUCUCAUUUUAAUGCCCCUUAUAUGUAAAUAGUAUUUACAAGGGCUGGCUCGGACAUACUAUAUAUACACGUUAUACAUCUUUUUCUCUCGCUCGUCUCACAAAUUUAUCUCUGCCAAUAAUAAGAGAUGAGACACAGAUCUUAUUGGGAGGUGAGUCUCUUGCCGAAGAAAGACGACUAAAUCUCAUGGCUUACUCUCUGGCCUCUGGUUUUGUCUUCUCUUCCUCCCCCUUCUCCGGCGCCGGCGAUAUCUGUUUCGGCUCAUCCACCACCUGCAGCUCCACCUCCUCUCUUCAUAGCGGACUCCAUUGCAUUCGCAGUAUUUUCCUACUCUUCUACCAGUUUCCAAAGAAGAGUUCAAUUUUCAAAUCACCAGUCCUACAACAACAAGAAGUCUCUCAAAACAGUUCUAUAAGAGUAAGAACUAAGAAGAGAAGCAGAAAGGAAGAAAUCUAAGAUGGGGUUCUUCCAACUCCUAGAGGUGGCAGCUAUGCCAGUGUUGCAGGUUCUUCUCAUCAGCAUUCUUGGAGCUUUCAUGGCAACCGAGUACUGGAACCUUUUAAAUGCUGAUGCUCGAAAAUACUUGAACAAGAUUGUUUUCAUUAUCUUCACUCCUGCACUCAUUUUUUCAAGUCUAGCUAAGACUGUUAAUUUCCAAGAUGUCAUUACAUGGUGGUUCAUGCCCAUCAAUAUGGGUUUGACCUUCUUGUUUGGAGGAAUACUUGGGUGGAUUCUUGUGAAAAUAAUGAAACCAGAGUCAUAUCUAGAAGGCAUCAUCAUUGCAACUUCUUCAGCAGGAAACUUAGGAAACCUUCUGUUGAUAGUUGUUCCUGCAAUCUGUAAUGAAGAUGGCAGUCCAUUUGGUGACCGUAAUACUUGCAAAUCUGUGGCACUCUCCUAUGCAUCUUUUUCCAUGGCGCUUGGUGGAUUUUACAUUUGGACUUACACUUUCCAUCUUGUAAAAAGUUCUGUAUCAACAUAUAAAGCAAUUCAAGAAGCCGAGGGAUCAUUGUCGUUAAGGAAGCCUAACAACGAUUUCGAUGCCAACACUGAAUCCUACCUUCUCAAGGCAGAUGAUCAAGUUCAGACGUCUAUACAAGUGACAUCAACAAAGCCCAUUGAUGAGGAGGAUCUGGAAAAAGAACUUGUUGUAGCACAAUCAUCUGGGAAAGCAGGGGAUGAGUUAUCAUUUUGGGGGAAAAUAACAGGAUCUCUCCACCAAAUUGUGGAGGAGUUGAUGUCACCACCAACUAUUUCUGCAAUUGUAGGAUUUGUCUUCGGAUGUGUGCCGUUUCUGAGGAAUCUUAUUGUUGGUAAAUCUGCUCCUCUGCGAGUGAUCCAUGACUCGAUUAAAUUACUAGGGGAUGGCACAAUUCCUGGCACCACCCUUAUACUUGGGGGUAACCUUAUCCAAGGUCUACGAUCAGCAAAGUUGAAGCCAUCAACCAUCAUCGGAGUCAUUUUAGUGCGGUACUUAAUACUUCCUUUGAUUGGGAUUGGAGUUGUUAAAGUUGCAGGUGAUUUGGGUUUCCUCUCACCAGACCCGCUAUACCGAUAUGUCCUGAUGUUACAAUUUUCCCUCCCACCUGCCAUGAAUAUAGGUACAAUGGCUCAGCUGUUUGAUGUGGGUCAAGAGGAGUGCUCAGUCCUCUUCCUUUGGACAUACUUAGUUGCAGCCUUUGCUCUCACAUUUUGGUCGACAGUCUACUUGUGGGUUCUGUCUUGAAGAGCUUUAGUGUAUGGGGAGAGAGAUUUAGUUGCUUCAUCCCAAUUGAAGCAGUUAUUCUAUAGACAAUGAAAAAUUACAAUCUAUGUUUUUGUUUUUGUAAUUUUGUUUGAAUUUUUUUCUAUUGGAUUGUAAAAGGUGCAUGGAAUUCAUGUUGGGUGGUCGAGCUUUUUCAAAAUUUUUUGGUUAGGAUAUAGGAAGCAGUAUAUAAGUUACAGUUAUGGAGUAUACAAGGAAGUGUUAGUUAAGUCGUCAGUUAUUGCUGUUCUUUUGAUACAAAUUUUGGUGAUGCAAAAGCAUGUAAUGGCAACAACAAGAACAAUAAAAAAUUUAGCAUUAUCUCAA